UAGAGGACAGUCAACACUGUACACUCAUCGAGAACCGAACACGACACACACACACUGUGAGUAACACGUUGUCUCUCUGUGCACACACCGAUACCACUGGAUCUUAAUAUUACAAGGAAAUCUUCCUGGACACUCAAGGUGUUACAGGUUUACAGGUGUAUGAGUGGGCAGGAUGCGGUGUAGUGUGGUGCUGUGUGUCCUGCUUCUGAUCUUCUCUGGGAGAGGUCUGAGUCGACAGAGGAGACGACAGAAAGUAAACAAUCUAGUCGUCCAAAAUGAAGCAAGAGCUCUGAUUUGUCCGGUGGAGGUGGCCUUCCUGGUGGACAGCUCUGAGAGUACCAAGGCUCUUCUGUUUGAGAAGCAGCGCAGCUUCGUUCAGCGUUUCAGCACCUGGUUGUCUCCGCUGCACGUUCCCGGCUGGCACGUACGUCUGCGUCUGGCCGCGUUGCAGUUCAGCAGCACCGUCUCAGUGGAACACAACUUCCGUGACUGGCAGGAUGUGGAUGUCUUUCAAAGCCGUGUGGCGUCCAUGGCCCACAUUGGUCAUGGCACAUAUUUGGCCUACGGCAUCUCGAACGCCACGCAGCUCUUUACUCAGGAGACGGUGGACAGCAGUGUGCGUAUCACCCUGUUGAUGACGAAUGGAGUGGAUCACCCACGCAGCCCGAGUGCCAUCGCUGCUGCCGCAGACGCCAAAAACAACAACAUUCGAGUGUUCGUCAUUGGCCUGACGCAAGACAGGCAGAGCGAUACCAGGCUGAGGUCCAUCGCCAGCCCUCCACCACAGCAGCACAUGUUCAGCCUUGAGGAUGCUCAGCUGGACGAGAGGCUUUUCAGAGAGUUGAGCACAGUUGUUAACACAGAGUGUCCACAGCCCAAGCCCUGUCCGUGUGAUAAAGGAGAAAGGGGUCCUGCAGGAAACCCGGGUAAACCAGGAAACCCAGGACAACCUGGCCCUCCUGGUCUCAAAGGAGUCAGGGGGGAACCCGGCUUGAACGGACGACCAGGAAUAGAAGGCCGUGAGGGAAGACCAGGACUGAGAGGGGAAAAGGGUGAGAGAGGAGAGUGCGGAGCAGAAGGGCUGAAAGGAGAUCAAGGUGCAGAUGGACCCCCGGGACCUCGUGGACCUCCAGGAGAGCAGGGUCCCAUUGGUGGUCCUGGAGAUUACGGUCCAGCGGGUCCUGCUGGACCUAAAGGUGACCGAGGACCUCCUGGAGCUUCUGGUCCUCCUGGAGACCAGGGAAUUGGAUUUCCUGGUCCAAAGGGAGACAAGGGGAACCAGGGCAGACCGGGCCCUAUUGGACCUGUUGGGAUUGGAGAGCCAGGACCACCAGGAUCACCGGGACCACUAGGACUGCCAGGCAACCAAGGUUCUCCAGGCGAGGGUUUACCAGGACACAAGGGGGACAGAGGCUUUGAGGGUCCAAAAGGUGCACCUGGAUCUCCAGGGUUAGGCAUCAAAGGUGAAAAGGGGGAUCCUGGAGCUCCAGGACCACAGGGACUGAUUGGAUUUCCUGGAGAUGGAAUUCAGGGAGAAAAGGGUGAACAAGGCCCAGUAGGGCCACCGGGUGCUAGAGGAGCUCCUGGUGUGGGCAUUGUAGGCCCAAAGGGGGAUCAGGGCUUCCCUGGUGGACCUGGACUUCAAGGAGAAAGAGGCAUCGGAGAACCUGGACCAAAAGGGGACCCAGGAACAGAUGGUGCUCCGGGAAUUCCUGGCAUCCCAGGAGAAGAUGGAGCUGUGGGAUCCAAGGGUGAGAUGGGUUUACCAGGUCUGCAAGGUCCUGAUGGUGCACCAGGAAAAGGCAUUCCAGGAGAAAGGGGCGAUCAAGGUGACCGAGGGGUUCGUGGUCUUCCAGGAUCUCCAGGACCCGCAGGGCCGCCAGGGGCGAAGGGUGAACCUGGUAGUCCCGGGAUGCUGGGGAUGCCUGGGCCCCCAGGGUUUGGAUAUCCUGGUCCAAAGGGUGAGCCUGGGCCUGUGGGUCCUCAGGGCAUGGUCGGAGAGCCAGGAGUCGGACUCGCAGGGCCAAAGGGUGACAGAGGACCACCUGGACCGGUGGGACCACAAGGGGUAAAGGGAGAAGGUUACCCUGGGCCUCAGGGACUUCCUGGAUUGCCUGGAGUACCAGGAGAAAUGGGACCACAUGGAAACGGACUACCAGGACCUAAGGGGGACAGAGGCUCCCCUGGUGUUCCUGGGCCAUCUGGGCCCCCUGGAAUAGGACUUUUGGGACCAAAGGGUGCGACCGGUCAACCAGGCCCUCCUGGGCCUCCAGGUCCACCUGGUGAGGGCAUUCAGGGCCCAAAGGGAGAGCCAGGCUUCCAGGGACCACCAGGCCCCAGAGGUCUCACAGGAGAAGGCAUUGCAGGAGAGAAGGGGGACAGAGGUCUGCCUGGUGAGCGCGGCAGAAAAGGAGACAGUGGAGAUUUCGGAGCACCUGGGCGAACAGGAGCAGUGGGAAAACCUGGUGAGAAAGGAGAUCCUGGCCUCUCGAGAGAAGAAGUGAUUCAUAUAAUCAGGGAAAUGUGUGGUUGUGGUCGGAGGUGCAGCGAGAGACCCCUGGAGCUCGUUUUCAUAAUCGACAGCUCUGAGAGCGUCGGUCCCGAGAACUUUGAGCUUACGAAGGACUUUGUGAACGCUCUGAUGGACCGUGUGGCAGUGAGCCGCGAGGCUACACGUGUGGGAGUUGUGUUGUACAGUCAUGUCGACAUGGUGGUGGUCAGCCUUCAGCAGCUGACCGACCGCACCAGCAUUAAAGCCGCUGUACGUCAGAUGCCCUAUCUGGGGGAGGGUACUUUUACGGGACGUGCUAUCCGCAGUGCCACGCGGUUGUUCCAGGCCUCGCGGCAUGGUGUGAGGAAGGUGGCUCUGUUGCUGACGGACGGACAAGCGGACCGACGGGAUACGGUGCAGUUGGAGGUUGCCGCAGAAGAAGCGCACGCUGCUGGGAUAGAGAUGUUCGUAAUCGGCGUAGUGAAUCGCAGCGAUUCAGGUUACGGCCAGUUUCAGAGAGAGAUGAAUUCCAUCGCUUCAGAUCCGGAUGAAGAGCACGUCUACCUUAUCCACGACUUCAUGAACUUGCCCAACUUGGAGAGUGAGAUACUGAGUCGGAUCUGUGAGCCGGACGAUGACUCGGUGCUCAGCUCAAAAGGGAUCAUCAUUUUCCCGGCUGGCAAAGAGCCGGAAGCUCCAGCGGGGUUUAAGACUCCCUCUCCAGAAACACGUGAAAUCGACGACAGGAAGCCGUCAGCGUUCGAAGAGGAUGUGGAUGAUUUUACAGCAGGGAACAGAGUGAGUCUCCAGCCUCCUGCCGUGACUGUGACGAGAUCUCGGCCUCCCACAAACGUCCUGUUUGACCCUGACUUCAGCUCUCCUUCACAGAUUCAACCUCCACCGUUCCAGUCUGGAGCAGCCGUAGACUGUACGGAGCGUCUCGACCCCGGGCCGUGCAGGAACUACGAUGUGAAGUGGUACUACGAUCCUUUAGCUAACGCCUGCGCCCAGUUCUGGUAUGGAGGUUGCCAAGGCAACAGCAACCGCUUCGAGACACAUCAGAGCUGCAUGGACGCUUGU